CGUAAAUUGCGUUAUCCUUUUAGAUUUUGUGUUUCUGUUUCAUUUCAUAUUUUUCAUAUAUUUCCUAUUAAUAGAGUAGGGAACAUUGUAGUGUUCCUUGGUUGUGGUCAUUUUUCAAGACUGGGUGGGAGGCUGUACUGAUGUUAGAUCACAAGACAUUCCUAUCUAGGAUCGAACAUCAUGCAUGGAAAAGCCCAAGAAACGUUGUGACUUUUGAUUGAUUAAAUAGCAGUUUUAGUCCUCUUUAUAAGUAUGUCUCCGAAUCUUGUGAACUUCUAGGAACAGUUUGUUUUGUCUAGGAACUGAGAUUGUCCAGAACAACAAAGAGUUGUUUAGCUUAAAAAAUCUCGAUUUCUCAGAACUGUGUAAUCAGAUCGAAUUUGAGAAAGUGGUUUUAUUUUCUGAAAAAAUUUAUUAUUAGUUUUCGGGAAUUUUUAUUUUAAAUUAUGGAACAGGGUGGAAGUGGAUACCGUGUUGAAAUUGCAAGCAAUAGUCGUUCCAAGUGUAAAGGCUCCCUAUGUGGUCGUGCAAAAAUUCCUGCGGGUGUUAUACGUUUCGGUACAUUCGUUGACUCUGGUAGAUUUCAAAGCUGGGCUUGGAAGCAUUGGGGUUGUGUCACGCCGCGAAUGUUAAAAAACAUAAAGAAUCGGCUUGGUGAAGAUGAUUUGAAAAAUACCAUGGAUGGAAUUACUGCUCUUCCAGAUGAAUGGAUCGACAAAAUAAUCCGGGCUGUACAAGAAGGCCACGUAGCCGCAGAAGACGAGCGAGAAAGCAGAAAAUUAGGAAAUGAAGCAAAGGGUAACAUAUCUUCUAGCAAGAAGCCAAAUGAAAAAAAUCCAAUGGUUCCUCCAAAGAUUGCUCGCAAAACAAAACGCCAUCAUAUCACAACGAAGUCAGUUUUGAGUGAUUCUGACGACGAAGCCGAAUACACAAACUCCUCUGAAGAGUAUGAUUCAGACUAAUUUUAAACUCUUUUAACUUCCAUUCCUAAUUGUUAUGGAUAUAACCUUCGCACCCGCAUUAAUUGCUUUUUUUGGGGAAACAGAUCCUGUUUAAUUCUUUAACUAAUUGGUUUUAUAAAAUCUUAUGUUCAAUCUUUAUAUGAAAAAAUGCAGGUUCCCUAGCUUUUCCACUGUCUAAUUUAGCAAUUCAUUAAGACUAUGAAAUGUA